AUGUGCGACGAAGAAGUAGCAGCAUUAGUGGUGGACAAUGGAUCGGGGAUGUGUAAGGCAGGAUUCGCUGGUGACGACGCACCACGAGCAGUUUUUCCAUCCAUUGUGGGACGACCAAGGCAUCAGGGUGUGAUGGUGGGUAUGGGUCAAAAGGAUUCGUACGUAGGAGAUGAAGCACAAUCGAAAAGAGGUAUCUUGACGCUCAAAUACCCGAUUGAGCACGGCAUUGUAACAAAUUGGGAUGACAUGGAGAAAAUCUGGCAUCACACAUUCUACAACGAACUGCGAGUAGCGCCAGAAGAACAUCCAGUUCUGCUUACAGAAGCCCCUCUGAAUCCUAAGGCCAAUAGGGAGAAGAUGACGCAGAUCAUGUUCGAAACCUUCAACACUCCAGCCAUGUACGUUGCCAUCCAAGCUGUGCUUUCCCUCUACGCUUCUGGUCGUACUACCGGUAUCGUUCUCGACUCGGGAGAUGGCGUUACUCAUACUGUUCCAAUCUAUGAAGGUUACGCUUUGCCUCACGCUAUCCUGCGUUUGGAUCUUGCUGGACGUGACUUGACUGACUACUUGAUGAAGAUUCUAACUGAGCGUGGUUACUCAUUCACGACCACUGCUGAACGUGAAAUUGUCCGUGACAUCAAGGAGAAACUGUGCUAUGUUGCUCUCGAUUUUGAGCAAGAAAUGGCUACCGCCGCAUCUUCUUCAUCCCUUGAAAAAUCUUAUGAACUGCCUGAUGGUCAAGUUAUUACUGUUGGCAAUGAAAGAUUCCGAUGCCCAGAAGCUUUGUUCCAACCCUCUUUCCUUGGUAUGGAGUCUGCUGGUAUCCAUGAGACAACGUACAACAGCAUCAUGAAAUGUGAUAUUGACAUCAGAAAAGAUCUCUAUGCGAACAAUGUACUGUCAGGAGGUUCAACCAUGUAUCCUGGUAUUGCUGAUAGAAUGCAGAAAGAAAUCACGGCCUUAGCACCAAGCACAAUGAAAAUCAAAAUCAUUGCUCCACCUGAGCGCAAAUAUUCCGUAUGGAUUGGUGGUUCCAUCUUAGCAUCACUUUCGACUUUCCAACAAAUGUGGAUUUCGAAGCAGGAAUACGACGAAUCUGGCCCCUCAAUUGUGCACCGCAAAUGCUUCUAA